CGAACAUCCACUCUCAGCAUCGUGAAAAGUAGCAUAGACUCAAUAUCAAAAUUACUCUGAGUCCUCAUGGCUGAAGCGACCGUUAAUUCGGCUGAAAACCGCACGGAAUCUUCAAUUUUAUUAGAGGAGACAGAAAAGCCAUCGACCGAGGGUAGGUGAUUUUACUUUUCAACGGAGUUCGAUUAUUCCGCGUGCGAGGCAGCUGCUCACAAAGUGGCCACCAUAUUUUUGAAAACAAACUGCUUUCUGUAAUGAUUGCCUUUAAACAGAACGUGUGAUAAAUGACUCCUGCAACUCAAAAAUGUAAUAAAAUUUUGAUUGUUUUUAGGUUUUUCCGAAGAUGUAGUGAUUCAAACGAUCGAAGAGAUGGAUCACAACCCUGAUUGUUCAGUUUGUUUACAGUCUUGUUUUUAUCCUGUAAAACUUCCAUGCGGACACAUUUUCUGCUUCUUGUGCAUCAAAGGAGUCAUUUUGCGGAGUAAACGGUGCGCUCUAUGCCGUCAUUCUCUCAGCGUAGACUACCUGGAGAAUCCAACGCUUAUCAAAGUUGUAGAAGAAGUUAAUAAGAAGGAAAAAGCUGCGAAAUCGAAAGAGAAAUCUUGCGACGAAAAUGACGCGGACGAGUUUGUUUGGUAUUACGAGGGUCGUAAUGGAUGGUGGUCUUAUGACGAGAAAACAUCGCCUGAAUUAGAAAAAUCUUUUAAGAGUGGUCAGAGAUCUUGUACUUUACUAAUCGCUGGGUUUCUGUAUGUAAUCGACUUUGAAAAUAUGUUUCAAACACGCAAGAAUGAACCUGGUAGAAGGCGAAGAAUCAAACGAGAUAAGAAGGAUGUCGAGAGCAAAGGUGUCGCUGGAAUCCGCAUUCCAGCCACAUCGAGAUUAAAUCCAACCACUCCUACUCCAACUUUAGACCCCAUAGCAACUGAUAAAGGAGGUAACACUGAAAACCAACCCGAAAGUGAGCAGUCCUCAUCAGAACUGGCAACCAAUGACACCACACAGACCUCAGAGGAAUCUGCCGAACGGGCUGGAGAUACGAGCGAUACAGACUCAGUAGCUACUAGGUUAGAAGAAGCAUCUAUUCAGUAGUUAUCUACAGCCUUGACCACCUUACCGUCCUG